AUGGGCGUCCAAGGUGGUAGAAGAAACCCUCCUGGCAUCUUGGACGGCCUCUACGGAGUACAGGUUGGGCGUCAACCCCCACAUGCACAGAGCGACGAUGAACCAGCUCGGACUUGCUUCACCGAUUCGUCAACUUGUGAAAACCAAAAUGGCCAUGGAACAGUUACACAACAGCAACAAAGAUUGAUGAUACGACGACUGUGGCAGCAAAGGCCCUCAUGCUUGAAGCCAAUCCAUUGCAGCAUCACAUGUGACAAGCAUGCUGGUGAAACUUUUGCAAACGUUCUCACCUCUCUGCCCUUCAUUAUCCUUGGACUGCACACACCAAGGAAGAACUUGAAUGCUGCCAUCUACGCCAACUCGCUUGUCGGAGUAGGAAUAGCUUCAGGCCUGUAUCAUUCUUCCAAAGGGGAAGUCCGAAAAAUCCUGAGAUGGGCAGACUAUACUAUGAUUGCCACUACUACUUUGUGUUUAUCCAGAGCUGUUAGGAAUGAGAACCCAGGACUACUAAUGGCAGCAUCAACAUUGCUCCUGCCAUUUCAGCCUUUCGUGGUUUCAGCUGUACACACUGGAAUGAUGGAGGUUUCCUUUGCAAAGAGAGCAUCAGUUGAACCAGAGCUCAGAAUGGUACAUAACCUGCACAAGAUGUCAUCUCUAUUGGGAGGCGCGCUGUUUAUUGCGGACGAUUACUUCCCAGACACACCCUAUAUCCAUGCUGCAUGGCAUCUUGCUGCUGCGAUGGGCAUUGGCACAUGCAAUAAGCUUCUUGGGUGACAA